AUGCUUUCCUCCUCGGGGGCCCCGGUCGCUCUCCCUCGGCUGCGCCGCGUCGAGAGCCCCGUGGCCCGCACGGGGGACAGGGCCCCGGGGUCUGGGCGCCACCCCCGGGGCGCGCACGCCUCGGCGCGGCGCGGGGGACGGCGCGAGGAGACUGCGCCGGUGCGUUUGCUGUCGCUGUCUGGCCAGGUUGUCGGCGUGCUGGGCAGGAGGGGUCGGCGGACCCGAAGUGCGAAGUACAUGCCGCUGCCCCCCGCCGAAACAUGCUCCAAUUUCACGACGUUGGCUUCCUCACCACGUCGCAUUUAUGGUGUGGCCCGAGCGCGACAGUCCUGGUGGCGCGCAGGCAAGAGCUUCCCGCGGGCGCCCGCGGUGCGCGCGGCCUCUUCCCCCGACGCGCCCUGUGAGUGCGUGUUGGCCGGAGGCGUUCGCCAGGCAAGUUCGGCGGCCUGGAGGUCUCGGCAUCGCUCGGACGUGUGCACUUGUUCUCGGCGGGGGCCUUCGGUCAUCUUGUCAUCUUGCGAGACAUGCACGCGCGGAACCGAAGCAUGCACGGACGUCGUCGUCGAGCGCAUCCUCGCGCACGAGAGCGAGCACGGCCGCGUGGCCCUCGACUCUGAGGACGGCAGGCCGCCGGCCAAGAAGGCGCGCUCGAAGAAGUAG